AUAAGUAGAAACAACUAAAAACUGAACUUUUUUAAAAUUUCUUUCAACACGAUUUUGUGGUAUCAACAUUCAAAUUAAUAUAAAUUGAUAAAUUGAUCUUAAUUAUAAGGGGACUUUAUACUUAAAAUAUUGCGGUUAGAAUAUAAAGCAAACUGAGGAAUGAUCUUCAGGUAUUAAACUCAUCAAUAUUUGUGGAAAUAAUAUGCUACAAAAAUACUUGAAGAAUUUGAGUACAAUCGUCAAGUUGACUUUAUCGCCUAAAAGGUAAAAAAGUUCGAAACUUCCUUUUGUAGAUAGAAAACACCUUGUUGUGUCGACAUCUCUGUAUGAGCAUCAAAACUAUCGCCUGCAUUCCGGAAUGCAAAUUUCACAUACACACAAUAGAUGUCGCGUUCGAAAAUUGGCUUUAAAUCACGUAUUCGGACAGGCUGGUUACUAAAUGAAAGAAGAAGAUUUCCAUGUCAGUAUUUGAAAUGGUUCUUUUAUCUAGGAUGUUUUGGUCUUUUCCCGCUUUUUGCUUUUUUACAACUUGUAUAACUGGCGUGACGAGUUGCUAGGUUUUUGAAAACAUGAAUAGAGCCGUUUUACAGAAUGCUGCACUGAAAUUAAAUAUCGUCGACGAAACAAUUUUAAGAUCUGCUGAAGAAUGUCUUAGAUCUUACCACAAUAAGUGUUCCAUAAAAGGCAUAAAUGAUCAAGCUAAAACUGUCCUAUGCUUGGAUAUAGCCACCCAAAAUUGUGGAGCCCUAAUUGACAAGGAAACUGCGUACAAACUAUCUGGCCUUAAGAAGUCGGUAUACGAGAAGAACUACAACUCGAUCCAAACUCUGCUAGGAUUGGAGACCGCCUUGACGGUUGCCAAUGUAUGUGUUUUCCUCGGAUGUGCGGAAGUUAAAGACAUUGCGGAGGAAAUCCUGUCAAACUACUUAAAACACGACAAGAAGAUUAAGGAUCUAAACCAUCCUCAAUAUGCAGUAGCGGCAACUUACUUAGCAUGCAGGUUAAGAAAAAUAAACAUCGAUAAGCACCAGCUGCAUUCUCUGAGUCGAUUGAAGCCAUCCCAGUUUAAAGCUUUGGUUACUGAGCUUGAACCUUUCAUCCCUGAAAAGCACUCAUUAAAAAAGAGAAGAAAUACAAAGACUGUACAACAAGAGGAUCCUAUUAUAGAUUUAGAUGGUUCAGCUGUUAGUGAAAUGUCUGAAGAGAUUGAAGAGUAUGAGGUGUGGAGGGAUAGAAUUUUGAGGGAAGCUUAUGCCGCUUUAGAAGAUGAACAUGAGACAAUGGAGCAAUAGUUGCAGCCAUUAGGAACAACUUACCUGGGGCCACGCCAAAGAAACCGUUCUCUGGAUUAAUAGCUCUGAGUUGUCCGCUACUAUCAAACCGCAUCCAGGCGAUGUCGUCCCCAACACACUCGACCUUGUAACCAGGCAAGCUGGGG